GCAGAAUUCAUGACUUCUCAAGACGAACACGACUUUUGAACCCAUCCCAAAGCUCACGAGUCAAGCAUAAGCAGAAUGGAUCAGUUGAAGUCCAAGAAUACGAAGAAAUGAAAAACGAAAUAAACUAAAACCCGAUGCCAAUGAAACAUGUCAAACUUCCCAACUUUUCACCCAAAAAGAUAAAUUCACAAUCACAUUCUCAUUCCAAUCCGAUCAUCCCUACCACACUUCCUAUCCUCACCCAAAUCAAAACCAUCCUAAAGAACCGACCAAAGUAUCAACCCAAAUCAAACCAAUCUAUCAUCAAUCCCUCAACCAUAAAUUGGUCCAAAAUCAAAUCACAUACUAUUCCUACUAAAUGGUCAUUAUACAAAUCUUUGAUUAAACAUACUAAGUCAGCAGAUCAGCAUUAUCAAACUUCAUCAAGGUAUAAAGACGUUUUGGUUAAUGAGAUCAGAGAUCGAUUCAAACAAAACCGAUCAUUAAGCUCGAUUCCAGAAAUCCAAAACUCAUUAAGAUUAGCAUAUUCAUACCUAAACCAAUUAACUUUAUCAAACCCAUCCCACUUUAUCCAAACCAAACGAACCCAAAUCAUCGAACACCAAACCCGAAGCUCGUGGUCUAAGAUUUACAAAUCAUAUUAUCAAACUAUCCUAAAGAGACCUAAAAAACCAAUCAUGACCGGAAGAUUCUUACGUCCUAGUUUGUUUAAUAAACCGUUACCUAGAUAUGCAAAUCAACCUGAACAUAUCUCAAUGAUGAUUUCGUCUAGAAGGAAAUCUAAUCAAAGAAGAAUGGAUGAAGAACGUGAGUUAUUGAGAAUCAUUGAACUCGAUCAAGCCGAUCGGUCUCAAGCGGGCUUACCUCAUCAUCCUCUUGAUCGUUCGUUUUAUUAUGACCGAUUAAAUGAAAUCCGUCAAACCUUUGUUCGUGAUCGAAAAAGAGAAAGAACAGUUUAUACCCGUUCAAUGUUAAACGAAAUCGAACAAGCCAAAAGAAACAGACCUAAAGAUUUACAAAUCCAAAAUUAUUGGAAAAGAUUAAACCUUAGGCUAGACGAAUUGAAUUCGGUUUCAUUAAAAGAUAUAAAUGAUGAUGAUUUAAAAGAAAAAGAACUCGAAGAUCAAAAUAUCAAGUUUUGGUCUGGGUAGUUGAAUGGAGGAUUUGGUGAUGAAAAACGUUCCGUGGGGUUUGGGUUGUUUCUUUUUGGUUUAGUUUUCGAGGGUUUUGAAGGUUUUGGAGUUUGGAGUUUGGAGUUUGGAUUCUUGUUCUAUUGAUCUAAUUGUACUUUUUUGAAUACCUUGAACAAAUAUGAACCAGUUUAUAUGUCCUACC